GCCAUUACUGAUUUAACCAGCGGUUCGAUUCUUAAAAACACUGUGUUAACCAGGUCACACCGCGCCAAGACUCACUCACUGAGUUAAUAGAAAAAACUCGAGAAAAAGUGCGAGCGAGUUUUUGCUUGCUUGAAAGAAAAUGGCGAGAGAGACGAGUCCUGGUCUUAAGAUCCUCUGGCUAUGGACGAUCGGCACUGCCGGCAUUUUAGUAACGAGUGUGAUAAAAACGAGAGUAAGAGACAUGGAGCAGUUAAUGAACACUGAACCGCCGCAACAGCAGCUCCCGUCAACUAACGGCGGUGAUUCAGUUAUAUUGGACACCACAAUGGAAACUCAAGGAGGGUUUAUUAGCGAAGUAAAAUAAUAGAUACAGAGAACAAGACAAAGCCUGCUGAUCUUUGAAAGGAGAUGGAAAGCUGUUUUGGUGUGGAUGUGACGGUAUUUCUAUCCUACUUUAUAAAAUAAUCUAGUACAAAGAAACUUUGAAACAUUUGAGUGUGAUAUUGGUGAAAGAAAGGCACGUAUCACAUACUCAAAUACUGAGUUUCUUUUAUUUCUCUAUUGCCAGUAUAAUUUUGUUAGUGCCUGCUCAAUCGCUAGCUUGGUCAAAAAUAACUAGUGAUGGAUCCUAAAUUAUAUCAAGCUGCAAUUUGUGGAGAUCAAAGUUUCUUUGAGAAUCUUGGAGAUGUUGAUUCAUUCAGUUUAUUUCAGGUGAUCUAUGGCCACAAAAACUCCAUUCUUCAUAUUGCAGCAAAACUUGGAAAAAUACGGACUGCAGAAAAGAUCAUUGCUAUAUGUCCCCUGCUUUUGCAUCAGACUAACUCAAAAGGUGAUUCUCCACUUCAUAUUGCUGCAAGAUUGGGGAAUUUCCAGAUGACUCAACUUCUGAUUAACUGUGCAAAACUUGUAGAAGUUGAAGUGGAGAAGGAGUUGCUGAGGAUGCAAAAUCUGGACAAUGAUAAUGCUUUGCAUGAGGCUGUGCGGAAUGGGCACUUUGAAGUUGUCAAUUUGCUGAUUAAGGAAGACCCUGAAUUGUCUCAAUUUGUGAACAAGGCUGGAGAUUCUUCACUUUUCCUGGCUGUGGAUAGAAAGUUUUACAAAAUUGCUUGCCUUAUUCUUGAAGCUGCUCCUAUGUGCUCCUAUAAAGGUAGGAGCAGUAUGAAUGUUUUGCAUGCGGCCAUCAUUCGAGCUGACAAGAGGCUCCUCUUUGUGGUGACAGAAAUGGUUGUAAGCAUUAUUGCUAUGUACUUGAGGAUCAUUUUCCUGUAUGCAAACCAACUCCUUCCUGCUGCUUGUAAGUGUUUACAAAUUAAACAAUCUUACAAGUUCAGCUUUAUUGGAGCAGAUUUCAUAAUUGAGGUGCUAAAGAGGUGUCCAUCUGCAAUUGCUGAAGCUGAUAAGUCUGGGUGGAUUCCUCUUCAUUAUGCUGCAUUUAUGGGUAAUGUAGAAGUUGUGGAACUCUUACUACAGUGUGAUACCUCCUUAGCUUAUGUGAAGAACAAAGAAGGCAUGUCUGCUCUUCACAUUUCAGCCGAGGCUGGUCAAAACGACGUAAUACUAAUGCUCAUUGCAAAAUUUCCCGAUAUUUCCGAGUUGCUCGAUAAUAGAGGUGGAACAGCUGUACAUGUUGCUGCAGAAAGUGGGAAGAGCAAUGCAAUCAAGAUAUUCCUAUCAACACCAGUUCUUGCAGAUCUAAUCAACCAUGAAGAUGAUGACGGAAACACACCUUUUCAUUCAGCUGCCAUUAAAGGACACUACGAAGUAUUACAAUUGUUAGCAAAUGAUUGUAGGGUCGACAAAGGGGCUAUAAACAAGGGAGGCUUCACUGUGUUUGACAUUAUUAAAUCAAGUACACAGCUUAAACAACAUAAAAAGGCCCAAAUAUUAUGGAAACUGAAGGCGAGGGGUGCCUUAAGAAGUUUAGAACAGUCGGAAGCUAACAGGACACGAGGAGAAGGCCAGACGGAGCAAACUGAAAGAAAAGAACCUGGAAGAGGUGUCAACAAGGAAAACGAAGCAAAACAUGUGGCGAUAUUAGAGAAAAAAGAUGCUUCUCAUUGUAUUAAGAAAAGUGGCGAUGUUGACUUACUUGUAGCAACUAUUGUUGCAGCUCUCACAUUCGCAGCAGCCUUAACGAUGUCUGCUGGGUACUGCACCGAGUGCAAAGAUCAAGGUAUGGCCGUGUUAAACCAGAAAUUUGGUUUUCGAGUAUAUAUGGUAGCUUGUUCCUUGGCAUUUGGUUUAUCAACUGCCUCAAUGUUUGUCCAUUAUGGAGCUUCAAGAGUUGAAAUUGAAAAGGAUCAUAUUGCUGGUUGUUCGGUACAGUAUGCUCUCUUGUUCACUGAAUGGUCCAUUUAUGCAAUGGUUUUAGCCUUUCUUUCAGGCAUAUCUGUGGUGUUAACUGGAUUACUGGGGCUUGCUACCGCAAUUGUGACAACAUUUUGCUUCAUUUUAGGGCCUCUUGUCUAUUUUUUAGUUACAGUUUCUAUUAGAAACUAAGUUGCUCGGAAAAGGCUUAAAUAUAAAAUGUAAACAGGAGUUUCUGUGAUAUCCGCAAGAUGCAGAAUCGUGAGUGAAUGAAGUUUCUGUGCGGUACCUUAGAAGUUGUGUUCUGUGCUUUAUUUAUUGAAAGGCCAUGUAGAAUAAUAUUAUAGUAAUUGUGUUCUCACCUAAA